CGCACAUCAUGGUCACCCUGCUCGACUGCCCAAACGAGCUGCUGCUUAUCAUCUCCGAGUACCUAAACGACGAGGGUCUGCUCCACUUCGCUUCCACGUGCAUUCGCGUCAACUCUCUGCUCAUCCACAUCCUCCUCGAGCGCUGCCAGUGCGAGGCAGUCGUGUCCUCCACCGGCGCGAUCUCGUCUGUCUACUUCACCGGCGACAACCUCGGGGCCAUUCCAGCCCUAGCGAUUGCAUAUCACGCCACGUCGAUCGAGCUGUUAAGCUGCGGCUUCUCGUCCUUCUUCCGAUCUAGCUCGAGCAAAGAGAUAUUGAACGCGGUCAAGGCUCUGGAUGUGUUGGCAAAGAGGCUGGAACGGCUGAGCCACGUGCGUAUCCACCCGCUUCUCAAGUUUCCAGGCACGAAGAAGGAGUACGUUUCCUGGCAGAAACUGCUCGCGCUGUCCCUCAAUAGCGCCGCGCUUCGCGGCGAUUGCAGCAUCACGGUGCACAACGAACCAUACGAGGCGGUCGUGGAUCCCUUCCCCUUCUCGCACUCCUUCUCCGACCGGCCUGUAGGGCAUAUUGCGGAUGAACGCAGCGCUCCAGCCGAAAAACCCAUACCUAGACGACCGCGCAUAUCGACGGGUCCGGGAUCAUCGCUGAUACAACGUCUCGCCGCGCUGCUGGAACGCGUGAUCAGGGCAUUGAAGCCACAUACCGUGGCGAUAACGCGCUCCGACGAGCCGGAACCCUCUGCCCCACUCGUGAAAUCCACGGAACGCGCGUCGAAGCGCGUGAUACCCUUGCCCGUCCUCCCCGCGCUGAAGUCAUUGAACAUACACUCUUCCCUUCUUUUCCACACGACGUUCUACCGCUGGACGAUGCACACACUCAACACAUCCCCGCUCACCUCCCUCUCGCUCGAUAACAUCGAUCUGUCGCUGUUCGAUUGGCACGAGACACUGCCCCGCCUAUCCCUCGCAGUGCUCGAUCAUCUGCAUCUCGGAAUGCACUGCUCUAUCGCCGUGCCGGACCUGAAGGCGUUCCUCCACCGCCAUCCCAGUAUCACCUCCCUCGACCUCAGCUUCCACGAAGCCAUCGGCCCCCUCCACGCGCCCGGUCCCGCCCUCCCAAAUCUCCGCCGCAUUCGCGCCACACCCGAGUAUCUCGUGUACUUCUUGUCGGGGCCCCCCGCCGGUGACAUCCAUCCCUUGCUCAGAGAAGUCACCAUCACGUCGCACGGCGGAAGCGUGUACGAGGAAGACCGCUUCGCCAAGGUCGUCGCGGCGCUGGAAAAGCGCGGCUCGGUCCCCGCUGUCGGUCUGGUCGGCAAGUUGAUGGGUGUGCUUGAUCUGCCGGAAACAUUGGUACCGCUGGGCAACACCCUUGAGGAGGACGAGAAUGGGAAUCGCUGAUCUGUAUGUAUUACAGGAAAGCAAGGCCUCGAAUAUGUUAUCUGCAGACGCAUAAAUGAUUGAUAAGAUAACAAGCUGAUGGCUCGUUUAUUCUCGAAUCCGAGUCUUUAUUCAUUCAUCGCCGCCCUGUAUCGAUCCAAUUCCAAAAAUAAUGAUGUCGCAGGCCCGUUUCAAACUUAUGUAGCGCAUAUGUCUCCUUCUUUCUGGACUUUUUUCUCGCG